UGCCUGUCGCGUCGUGACUUGGAGGAAUUGGUCCUGCUGCUUUCUCGUGCUCCUUCGUUUGUCUUCUUUCUGUCUUCCGUUGCGGUUGUUUGCCCAGUUAGUUGCAUUCCACCGUUGGCAGCGAACGGAGCAGGAUUGCUCGCGACACCGUAUCAACUUCCCCAGCCAGCACGUGUUCGAAAUUCGUCGGUUCAUUUUUGCCGGUGCGAUAUCGCGCGCUUAACAACAGAAAAACAACUUUUGCUACAUUACGUCAAUUAUUAGGGUGGACGUACGCGAUAAAUAGAAAACAAAAGAAAAAUAAUAAGAAGGAAAAAAAAUGCCAGUUUUUCAGCGUUUGGUAAUUGUUUUUUUCGUGGCCGUGUUCUUCAACAUACCCGAUCGCGUGUUGAGUGGCAGUUGUCGUGAAGCGAAUCUGUGCUGUCCUGGACGAGAUUCUUCGUGUGUCGUUCAAAAGGCGCCUCUCAAUGCAAUUAUCGAAGAUUUGAAUGACAAGCCGUGCUACUGCGAUCAUGCCUGCCUAAAACUUGGCGACUGCUGCGGCGACUUCAAGGAAGCAUGCGGAGUUGUCGAUUGCGAGGUGACGCCAUGGGGUCCAUGGUCGUCGUGCGACACGGAUUGCGGUCCGGGAACGAUGACCCGUACGCGAUCGGUCAGGACCCAACCCCGUAACGGCGGCCGACACUGUCCGAGUUUGCAGCAACGACGGGGGUGCCAUCAAUUUGACUGUCAUCACCACCAGGACGCUGCCAUUAAAGAAGUGGCAAUGUUGCUUCCUGGAUCCCUGUCAGAAAUACGAAGAAUUAACGAUACUAGUGAUAUAAGAAAGAACUUACGCCUAAAUCAUCCAGAAGAAGACCCUAAACAUGACCCACAAAGGAAAUACUGCGUUGAAUUUGAGGUUCUCAAAGCAUCCAAAGCAUGCAAGAAAGAAAACGGCUUCCAAUCGCUAAAAGAAGGAGAACGUGUUUGUGUUAAAUGCGAAUCAGAAGCUCUACGUAAAAAUCUCGAUUGGAGAUGUCAGGGCCACGGGGUGGAAGGUCGCGUGACUCGAUGGAUUGCCAUGGGUGCCCCUUACUGUCACGGUAAAUGGAUCAGAGCCGAAAUGCCCACGUCAGACAGUUGUGCGGCAAAAACUUGUCAAGAUAAUAAUUAUCUCAUUUUCAUUUAAAAACGUUUGGAAAAAUUAAACGACUAUAAGAUUAGGUAGAUGACCCGUAUUUUUAAUACUUUUACAAAGCUUUUAUUUGUAAUUUAUAUGUAUAAGAACCCACAACCAGGACGCUUUUGUUUCCAAAUUCGCAUACAGGGUGAUCAUUUUGAAAAUAACGAAAACCUUUCGUUUCAAAAAUAAUAGUUGUUUCUAUAAAUUCUAUAUUUGCAAUAAAAACAAGCAUGGAGUAUAAAUAUUUGUGCCCCCCCCACGUCAGAAUUUAUGAAUAAUUAUGAACACCCUGUAUAUUGACUUCAACUUAAUAGAUCAUUUGAUAUAGAGACGUACUUUACUAAAAUAAUCGGCAUCUGAAAUAAAAUACAGAUGCCUCACUCUUAAUAGAAACGGUAAAUACACAAACAUAUACCAUAAAAGUUAAUAAAAUACGUCAGUGGUGUAGGCCAUAUUCUUAGAUACCUUUAGUAGGUACUUAUAUUUAUGUUACCGUAUAAAUUCAGAAAAGUAGAAUUAAGUGCCUGCCAUUAAUACAAAAAACAGUGUUUUUUUAAUCUCAAUUUUUUUGUUUUUAUUUUUUUUACUUUUCUACGCCACUGGAAAUUUAACAGUUUGCUUGUGUGUAUAAUGUGUUUUUUACUAUAAAUGUUUGUUUUUUUACGAUACCUAUAUCUACCAAUUUUUUAUGCCUAUAGUAGGUAAUUUUUAUACUUAUGAACAAUUACUUUGAGUUAGUAUUGAAUUUCUUUUGUAGAUUUUGAACACAUGUAAUUUUCUUUUUACAAUUAAUUUUGGUGUUCUGUACUUAUCCCUUAUCAUUUUAUUAAUGACAGAUAGUAAAAUUUUAUCUUUCUAAAAUUACUGACUAAAAUGACAUGAUUCUAAAUAAUUGUAGAACAAUUUGCUCCUAUUUUAUUAAACUGUUAUCUUAAAAUGUUAACUAAUCAAAAUUGCACUAUUACAGAUCAGAUAAUAAAAAAUAAACGAAAGAAAUUUUAGAUAUAUUUAAAACUAAAGAACUUUUACCUUAGCUACUUCUUAUAGUAACUUUGCCUAAGAAAUGUUAUGAUCUGAUCUGUAUCUAAUCUUAGCUCAACCCAACCCAACCUUACUUAAAUAUACCAUAUUACUCUGUUUGGUUUGUCAAAUUGCUAUUAAAAUAUGCCCAAAAAUGCUUUCUGUUGUAUGAAGUAAUUUACUAUCAAAAAUAUCAUAUUGAUUUAAGGUGUGCUACUAAUACUUAAUACUAAUUGAUUAUAGCCAUUAUUGUUUUUUAAAAAUCUGAUUUUAGGAUACUCUUAUAAGGCACCUACAUAUCGUAACAGGAUUAAUUGUAAUAAAAAUAAUAAAG